UGCAAGUCUUCUCCACAUUAGGCUGUAAGAGGGAGAGGCGCGGAGUGGGCAGAAAUGGAGGUCAUGCGCACCAUCGGGAGUGUAAUGGGGUCUAUCAAGAUGCUGGUGGACCUCAUAGGGAAAAACAGAGAGCUUGCCGGGGAGGUAGCCGUUGACCUCAAGUCCAUGAACAAGGAUUUCGAGUUGAUACGGACGGUACGCUUACAGAGGAAGCAGAUCCAGCUGCAACUGACAGCGGGAAUGGAAUUGCUGCUGCAGGAGCUGGCUUAUGAUAUCGAUGACUUCAUACAAGGUCUCUGGGUUCCCGGACCAUUUGGCUCUUUCAUCCUCUCAGCGAUUGGGGCAGAUUCUCGUCCUCUACUUAUUAAGCGGAUCACUGAGCUCAAGGAGAGUAUGAAGAAGUUGAAAGAUGAGCUGCCAAACAGCUUUGAAGCGAUACCAGCCGGCCCGUCGUCCUCCCUUGGAUCUGCUAUUCCUUAUGCUCGAGAGAAGGAUCUGGUUGGCAUCGAGGGACCCAAAAAGCAGAUUGUGGAGCUGCUCUCCCCGCGUAUUGAGCCCCAUCUUGGGAGAUUAAGCGUGAUCUCCAUCGCGGGAUGUAGCGGCUCCGGAAAGACUGCCCUCGCAAGGGCACUCUACGAAGACGAUGCUAUCACCAAGGAUUUCAAUUUCAAGUCAUGGGUUGUGGCAUCUGACCUCAGCUCUGUGGACAUUGUAAACAAGAUCCGCCAUGAAGUUGCUCUCACAUCAGCAUCUGGAAGUACCACCGAAGCUUUGCAUCAUUUCCAAAAGGACAAAAGGUACUUGGUCUUUGUUGAUGACGUGCUGCGAGAGACCCCAUUGAAGGACAUAAAAAAUGCAUUCAGUGAAAAUGUUAUGGACAGCAGAAUAAUUGUGACCACAAAAGUUCCUUGUGUCGCCAGGGACUACAGCUUCGGCAGUUAUGAGUACACAAUGCAAGGUCUGGACAAAGAAAAUUCAAGAAAACUUUUCCGGGUAAAGUUCCGGGGAAUGGCUGGCUACACAGAAGAAGAUAAGCAUCGGUUGGGCAACAAUGAUGUAGAUAUCAUCAUUAAUAAAUGUGAUGGUUUACCAAUAGCGCUGAUCAGCACAGCUGAAUGUUUGCGUAGAAAAGGACUAAAUCCAGAAAGCAGAGAUUUUAAACAAGUGAGCCAAGAUCUUGGUAAAACCCUGGCAUAUUGUGAUAUCGCCUUUAAAGAAUUCCAACAGCAGAAUGGAACUGAUACGACAUUUGCAGAAAUGAGAAGGGCACGUGUGGAGCCCUACGAGAACCUCCUUAAUCAUGGUGAAAAGGAGUGCUUACUUUAUGUAAGCAUAUUUCCAUGUGGCCAUCAAAUCAACAGCAAGAACCUGGUCAGGAGAUUAAUAGCUGAAGGAUUGGUUCCAGGAGAUCCUGAUAUAGUGAAAGCUUCAGAAUCAGUUGUCGGAGAUGUCCGUGAGUGUGUCAGGAAAUUGAUGGACCAGCAUAUGGUUGAGCCUGUACCGAUUCGCAACUACUCCAAUGUUGCCAAGAGGUGCCGAGUUCAUAGUAUCAUGCUGGAGUUUACCAUCAAGAAGGCCGUAUCCAGAAACUUCGUGAGUCUGAUUCACAAGGACCAGCCCCUGCGUAGCACAACUGGCUUAGUGCGUCGACUCAGUGUUCAGUCCAGCCAGCUUGUACAAGGCACCAAACGUCCAAAGGGAAUGGAUUUGUCUGUUCUCAGGUCCCUAGCAAUCUUCAAGAGUAGAAUUCUGGAUUUCAAGAAAUGCAAGCUGGUGAGAGUACUGGACCUCGAAGGUUGCCGCGGACUUACACAGAAGGAUCUUGAUAACAUAUGUGUGUUGCUGUUUCUCAAGUAUCUGAGCCUCAGAAAUACUGGCGUCCUAGAGCUUCCCCAAAAUGUGAAGAAGCUCAUGUUCUUAGAGACGCUGGAUGCCCGGGACACCAGGGAUGCUCGAGCCACUCAGGAUAUAGUGGUGAUAAAAUUGCCCGUGGAAGUUAUCAUGCUACCACGGUUUACAUACCUGUUUGGAAAAUUUGAGCUAAUCAAUAUGCACUCGAAUAAUGUGGAGAAGCUCAUAAAGUUUUUUCCCGAAAAGAAAAGUCAACUGCACACUCUUGGUGGAAUAGCUGUCCACGAAGAAAAAGGUCUAGAAAUUAUUCUACUUGCAGUAAAACACGCCACAAAUCUGAAAAAAGUUAAGGUGUGGUAUAGGAACACUCCAAGCAGCACAAACCCAGAACCCAGGUUAUUCAGGCGAGUUAUGCAGAGACUGAAUCCUCCUAGGUUCUUCAGAAAAAGGAAGCUGUCUACGGCACCAGCAGCAAGCCCCACCAGUAAUACACAUGAUCCAGCUCCUACGACAUCUACACUAGUCGUCGGUGGUUCAGCAGUGCUCCCCUCUACAGGGCAAUCAGCAGACUGCAGCAGUAAUGGACAGGAUCCAACUCUGGCGAUCCCUACAUCAUUAGCAAAUGGUACACCAGAACCGGUCACUUGUGUGAGCAGACAAAGUAAUUUUAAGAAUACGAAGAAAAUUUUCAGCAAAAGGAAGCCGUCUGCAGACUCCAACAGUAAUGCACAAGAUCCAGCUCCUACGACUUCUACACCAAUCGACAGUGCUACACCACGGCUUCCCUCUGCAGGGCUAUCAGCAGACUCCAGCAGUAAUACACAUGAUCCAUCUCCUGCGACUUCUACAGCAUUAGCAAGUGAUACACAAGAACUUAUCCAGUGUGUUAGCAGACUGACUGAGAAUCUUAAAGAACAUCCGAUGACUCUUGAGUCACUUUCCAUUGAUUUCAAUGGUGUCUCUAAUACCUUUUUGAAUCUUCUCCAAACUAACAGCACUGUCAGUUCCAUCAAACUACGUCGAGGACAUGGAAGCCUGCCUAGCCCUCUCGAGUUAGGACAGGUAUGUAAUCUCAAGAAAUUGCACCUCUUCUCAACUGGUCUCGAGAGCGCUGAACUGGGAGCCCUGCAGCACUUAAAAUGCCUGCAAUAUCUUAAGCUAGCAGAGGAUGGCCAUGGGUUGUGGGACAGCGUCUUCCACGUGCAAGUUGGUGGAUUCAUAAGCCUUAUUUGGCUGUGCUUCGAGGCCACAAACUCAAAGCCUCCGCCUCUGAAGAUCGAUGAAGGAGUCAGGACCCCUCUUGCCUCUCUUCUACUGCUUUGUAAGGAAAGCGAAGAUCUUCAAACAGAAACUCCGGUUCCAAUAAGUCCUCAAAGGGAAACCAAAGAUCCUCAAACAAAAACUCCAGUCCCAUUAAGUCCUCAAAGGGAAAUCAAAGGAGGACUUCAAGUGGAGGGCAUAUCACAUCUGCCAAAGCUCAACGAGGUGAUACUCCACCCUUCUGCUACCGAUGUAGUAGUGAAGGCAUGGAAAGAAGAAGCAAAGAAACACAUAAACAUGCCGUAUGUGGAGAAGCAGCAGACUGAGAACGACCUGCGAUGGGUAUCUUGAGCUCCUCCGCUGUGGGGUUGUCCUCGAACUCCUGGCCUGACGACCUGCC